AGCCCUUGAAACGAGGUUUAUAAUGGCAAAAAAAACUCCAUAUAGACAGAAAAAAAAAAGAAAACGCAAAGCAGAACGGUGCCAUCCAAAUUCCAAAGUUUAGAUUGCCUGGACCCAGCCGUUGAUCGUCCGACAGGUGGUCCCGGCCCGUCAUCAGCUCCGGCAGAAGGGUGGGAGUACGGCAAAAGGCCUGCCUCUCUGCGACUGAUCUCCGGCGGCGAGGCGCCGCACCGGGGUAUGGGCCAGGAUGUGGUCGCGCACGUCUACGACGUCGCCACCGCCGGCUCCGACACCACCGUGCUCCACAUCAACCGCUUCUUUAAGGACGCCAUCGGCCUCGGCGGCAUCUUCCACACCGCCAUCCAGGUCUACGGUGAUGAAGAAUGGUCCUUUGGCUACUGUGAACGUGGCACUGGGGUUUUUAGCUGUCCCCCAUGCAAAAAUCCCAUGUACACUUAUCGCGAGUCCAUAGUGCUGGGGAAGACCAACUGCUGUAUCCUCAAGGUAAAUCAGAUACUAAGGGAGCUGAGCUGGGAGUGGCCUGGACAUUCAUAUGAACUCCUGUCAAGAAACUGCAAUCACUUCUGCAAUACCUUCUGCGAAAAGCUUGAAGUAUCGAAGCUUCCAGGUUGGGUCAAUCGCUUUGCAAAUGCGGGUGACGCUGCUCUAGAGGUCGCUGAAACCACAGCAGGAAAGCUGAAACAAGCGAAAAAGGAAAUCGUGACCGCAUGCAAAGCAGCCUCAACAUUUUUGACCGGCACAUCGUCAAGCGCCUCUUCAAAUGCGGAGGAUACGGGUGGCUCAACCUCGACAGGAAAUUCCCUCUUCGAGGGGGCAUGGAUCCGAAGUAUCAUCGGUAUGACAAUGAAGCCGUCGAAGAGCCUAGUCUGUGUAGAUAGUUCAGAUAGCGACAGCUCCGGGAGCGAAUCAGAAUCAGAUGGCGAUCGGCCCAACAGCGAUGACAACGCUGAGCGACAAGCUAAAGGCGUGAAGCAGGAGCGAGGCACGAAAAAAAAGAAUAACGGACCACAUUGCCAUUCAUGAAGCUCACUCACACCAAUACUGCAGAGAGAGGAAAGACUUCUACAUGCUGCCGGGAGCAGACCUACAGCAGGAACUAACUUUACAAUUAUGUUCAUUUCUGGUUGAGAGCUGGGAGCGGCGAAAGGGCCCUGAGGAGUGCGGAGGCGAUGGAGCGCACCACAAUGCGUGCAAUCUUGAGCUUGAUUUGCCCGCGCCGUGGGAGCGGGCGAGCCGUCCUUUGCCUUUCAGCCCUGUAAACUCUGGUGAGACGGGUUGUGCUCGCUUUCUCUGCCAUCCUUGUCAAACGAAGGAGAUGUUUCUUCUGUAGCGAGUAGAAGCUGACGGUGGAGGAGAUGUUAGAGAGCCUGGUUGCACUUAUGCUUAGUUUCAUGCUACUGUGGUCUAUUUAUAGACGUCGAGGAGUUUAUCUGAACAUAAGACAUGACAGCUAGAUUCUUGUUUCUGUGUAGUAUCAACAGAAUGCUGUUCGUUAUAAUAAUCCUGCAGUGUCUGUAGGUAUGAGAAACCUCAGCUGGUGUGUGUGUGUGUGUGUGUGUGUUUGAGUAAUCAUGAUUGGUCUGUUCGUCCGUGUGGCCGAAUCUUCAGAUCUUUGACUUGGUGAUGUCCAUACGCGUCUCUUCGGAGCAGAUACGUAUGCAUCCUAUGAAGAACAAAUGAUUGGCUUGAA